GAUGACGUCACACUGGUUUCUGUUACUCUGGGCCGCAGUUUGCUGAGGAGGACUAAUAUCCCAAAACUACCACACCACUUUAUCCCAGCAGAUCGCCAGCUUCCGCCGGACAAACAUCCGAAAAAAUGGGAAACUGUCAACCCACCGUUGUGCCCUAUGAGGAUUUUGAUGUCGUGGCUGACAUCAAGGCCAUCCGCAAAGCCUGCAAAGGGCUCGGAACUGAUGAGAAGGCCAUCAUUGAAAUCCUGGCAAACCGCUGUUCAUUUCAGCGUCAGGAAAUUAAACAGGCCUAUUUUGAUAAGUAUGACGAUGAGUUGGUGGACGUGCUCAAGAGCGAACUGUCAGGGAACUUCGAGAAUGCCGUCCUCGCCAUGCUCGACCCCCCAGUUAUUUAUGCUGUGAAGGAGUUGAGGAAGGCCAUGAAGGGAGCGGGCACUGAUGAAGAUGUCCUGGUGGAGGUCCUCUGCACUGCCACCAAUUCUGACGUUGCCUUGUUCAAGGAGGUCUAUUUUCAAGUGCAUGAACGUGAUCUUGAAGCAGAUAUCGAGGGAGACACAAGUGGGGAUGUAAGAAACCUACUCACAGCUCUUUUGCAGGGCAACAGAGAUGAGAGCUACGAUGUGGAUGACCAGCUGGCUGAAGAAGACGCUACCAGCCUGUUUGAGGCUGGUGAGGGAAGUUUUGGAACAGACGAAUCCACCUUUACCCACAUCCUGGCCUCCAGGAAUUACCUGCAGCUCCAGGCCACUUUCAAGAUGUAUGAGCAGCUCUCCGGAACUGAAAUCCUGGAUGCCAUUGAGAAUGAGACUUCUGGGACACUGAAGAAAUGCUACAUUGCUCUUGUGCGAGUCGCUAAGAACCCCCAGCUCUACUUUGCCAGACGCCUACACGACGCAAUGAAAGGAGCAGGCACUGACGAGGAUACCCUUAUUCGCAUCAUUGUGUGCCGCUCUGAGUAUGAUUUGGAGACCAUCAAAGAAAUGUACUUGGAGAAGUAUGACGUGUCUCUGAAGGACGCUCUGAGGGACGAGUGCGGUGGCGACUUCAAACGUCUCCUGUUGGCAAUCUGCCACUGAGAAUCAGAGAGGCGAGCAGGGCGAAGAUGGAAGACAGAGGCAGAAACAGCCGAGUAUGUUGGAACGAGGGCGCUUCUGUUUUCUGUCUAACGUACUAACACUACUCAGUCUCUCCAUGUGGCAUUAUAUAGGGAGCGGGAGGGUGACAUCAAAGAAAUAAUAAACCUGACUCAUGUAUUUUUCAAACUGUGUGAAUUUAGGUGGCUCUCCAUUUUUAACUUUUUUCAUAGACAAGAUCUUUGAACUCGAUUUACUCAUCUGUGUGUGAAUUGGGUCUCCUGUGUCUGUUAAUUAAUGACAGUUUCUUAGUCAGUUUUUAACAUCUGUACUAGCAUUUAUGAAGUUGCGAGUAUUCGCUGUAAGGAAGGACCAAAUUUGUACAUUUCCAAUACCAACGGGAGCCAACCAAAGUCACAUUGAUGCAAUUACAGUACACACAGCGUGAUGAUAUCAGGAGGUUCAGAAGUUGAUAGGAUAAUCACAUAACAUAGGACGUGUUCACUGGGGGAAAAAGUGGCUAUGGCCUUAUUUACUGCUGCAUACACUGAGGUAAUCACAGUAGUGUUACAUUAUUACCAUCUUAUAAGUAUUAUACUGUUCUAGAUCAACUCAUUCUGUGUCAACUUAUAUUUUUUAUCCAUUAUCUUUUGCCCUCCAUACGCCAGUGACUUCACUGCUGUUGCAACAAAUGCAAUCACUCCAAAUGGCUUGAAGCUGCCAUACUGUGCUUUUAAAUGAAGAAAUGUGAAAGUUUGAACUGAAAGAAUAUUAGCUUGAAUAAUGAAGGAUAUGCAAUGUGAAAUGUGAAUGGAUUUUACUAAUUUUCAUCGCAACAAGAUUUUAUAUUUUGUUGGUUGCUGAAUUGAAAGAAACUAUGUACCACAUGCACCUCACCUUGUUAUAUAUUCUUUUAUAUUUUAUGACUAACACAGUAGAGUGUUUAAUAUAUAUAACUAUAUAUAUAUAACUAUAAUUAUUUAGUUUGUUGGAAAUAGGCCAGUGGGUAUAUGAGAAGAAACCUGAUGACAUUGAGGUGAGCUGCACAUUUACAGCGACACCUGGUCCGUCUGAUGUCUUGUGUCAUUUGUGUGUCUCUGUAAGGCAGCUGAGAUUUGUGAAAAUUACCACUAUUGUAAACAUUUUUGAAACAAGCUGAAUAGAUGCUCAAGUGAAUCACAGAACAUGAGAUAGUUACAACAUCAGCCAGGACAUCAGUGUAGUUGUGGGACUAGUGUUUGUCUCUAUAGCCAAAGAAUUUUAGUCUAACUGCAAAUAAAGUUCCCUGUAACAUCAA